AAUGUGCUAAAGCGAAUGAAAGGCUAAAUAGUAAAGGCCUUUAAUCACGUGACUAAGGCUGACAGGCUAUGUACAGUAUAGGCUAAAUCUAGCUCUGGUUCAGCUUGGAUUCCCAGCAUCUUCCCACAGCCUAGGGCUGUCACGGGUUGCUCCGCGUUACUCGUUGAUAUAUAAGAUACAGACCAAGUAUAAGGUCACGAAACAAACUAUUUUGUGAAUCUUUGCCCUAGUCAAUCAUGGCGCCCUAGGCUUGCAGGGCCCUCCCCUGGGCAGGAGCUGCGUGUGCUUGUGUAAUAGUACAGUAACCGGCAUGUCCUGCGCUUGGCACUCUCACAUGCUUCUGUAGGAGAGGGGAUUCUUCCAUGUGCGAUUGCCCGCCGGCUUCUAUUGGAGAGAAUGGGCUGUGAGCCUCCUGCUCUGCGGUGAGCGAAGUCCAUUAUGGCGGCCCUCUGUCCUAAGCGCCUAUAAGGACAUACCUUGUGGCUGGUUUCAAGGAGGUCAGUCGGACCUGACACCUGUGGGAUAUAAAAGAAUAAACUUGUGCGUAUCUCAUGGGAUCGUGCUGACACCAUAGACAGCUGUGAGGGGGAAGCUCAACAUUUCUUCUCCUCCAUGAAACUUUCUGCUCAAAAUGAUAUUUUCCCUGACUUUCUGACUGCCACUCAAGCAAAAUGCAGAAAAAUACGGAACCAGUGCAGGAAGCUAUUAACAUUACCCCCAGCCAACAGAUGAUUGCAUCUUCCAUGGGAGCCCUCCUCACAUCUUUCUUCGUUACACCUCUGGAUGUAGUGAAGAUUCGGCUACAGGCUCAAAGCAAACCUUUUAUAAAAGGAAAAUGCUUUGUUUAUUGCAAUGGUUUAAUGGAUCAUCUGUGCCUAUGUACAAAUGGGAAUGGAAAAGCAUGGUAUAGAGCACCUGGCCAUUUCCGAGGGACCACGGAUGCUUUUGUCCAGAUAAUAAGGAAUGAAGGAAUCAAGUCCUUGUGGAGCGGCCUACCUCCUACUCUUGUCAUGGCAGUGCCGGCCACAGUCAUUUAUUUUACAUGCUAUGAUCAGCUACGGGACAUUUUGAUUCGCAGUAUGCCAGAAAGGGCAGAAAUUGCUUCUCUGGUUGCUGGAGCCACUGCUAGAUUGUGGUCAGCAACAUUAAUUAGCCCACUGGAACUGAUAAGAACCAAGAUGCAGUACAGACCACUGUCCUAUAAGGAGCUCAGGCAAUGUAUCCAAAGUUCGGUGGCAAAAGAUGGCUGGCUCGCACUCUGGAAAGGAUGGGGACCCACUGUGCUUCGAGAUGUCCCUUUCUCUGCACUGUACUGGCACAACUAUGAACUUGUGAAGCAGUCAUUAUGUCAGAGAUACAACACCUUGCAGCCAACGUUUGCGAUCAGUUUUACAGCUGGUGCUGUGUCUGGCUCAAUUGCAGCAAUAGUCACUUUGCCUUUUGAUGUUGUGAAAACAAGAAGACAAGUUGAGGUUGGGGAGCUAGAGAUGUUCACCUAUUCUCAGAAAAGAUCCUCAUCAACAUGGAAGCUGAUGAGGGCUAUAGUGAUUGAGAAUGGCUUUGGGGGGCUGUUUGCUGGUCUUAUACCCCGAUUAAUUAAGGUUGCACCCGCCUGCGCCAUAAUGAUCAGCACCUAUGAAUUUGGAAAGUCGUUUUUUCGUAAGCUAAAUAAUGAACGUCAGCUGAAAAGCUUAUGAUUUAAGUUUGGGCAGUGGCUCAAGCAUGUCCGCAGUGCCUGUAAAUGGAUUAUGUGUUACUAAAAUGCCUUCUGUGAAUCUGAAAGGAACAGCCCAGGUUAUAGAUUUUCCUAUAGCAGUAGUCCAGAUACUAGCAUGUUACAUUCUGCCUUGUGUUCUCACACGUGAUCCCUGAGAAGAUUUUAUUUUUAAUGUUGACUCACUAAACUUUUUUAACGUUUUCUUAUUUUUUUUUUUAAUAAAUCCUCCUUUCCCCCAGUCCAGUCAGUAUUUGUUUAUUCUUAUAAUAUUAGGGGGGAAUGGAUGGGACAGUAGCCUCACAGAUGCGGGUUCAUAGUCUUAUAUGGGUGCUGUCUAGCACAGUACUAGAGUAAUUGGUAAUGGAAGAGAGCAGGCAUUAUAUAAAUUCCCUUUGCUUGCCUAUAAAUUAAGAACCAUGUCAUAGCUGCUCAAGCAUCAUCCUUUGGCUUUAGGUCCAUCCCUUCAUUAAUUUGUGCCAUAGAACUGUUGUUUCCUGUCAGAUGUCAAACUUGUGGCAGCUCUUCUGCUGUUUCUACAGUUCACGUGUGUUAGCUGAGGAUGUAAAUAAACUGAAUUUCUGAGGAAUUUAUAGCCUGGUGCAUUAUACAUUUAUAGAAAAGAGGCCUUUAUUUUUAUUUAAAGCCAUAAAGUGGAGAUAUUUAUGUGAAUGUUCUAAAGAAAAUGAAAUGUAGAAAUAUUAUCUGACGGGGGGGGGAGAUAGAAAAGUAAAUAUGAAAUUACAGGCUGCUUCUGCACUGUUGGAAUUAUCUUGACUGAACCUGAUGCUAAAUAUUAAAUCAAUUCAGCAGGAACCAUAGUGUAACAUUCUUUUGAGGGUUUCAUCCAGCUAUCAAGCACUUAGAUGUGUAAUGUAUAUGAAGGUAUCAUGUAUUCUGUACACCUAGUUUUUACUUCCCUUCGGAACUGUAUUAAACUUGUUUAUGUAAA